AUGGCAGAUAAGAAUAAUUUUCAUGAAUUUUUAAAUGAGCAAGAUGUUUUUACGUCUUCAGGUGACUUUAAUCAAAUAAUUUUUGGCGGUGGUAUCGGUAUACCAGAUCCACCACCUAAAAAAACUCCUGGUAAUAUAGCAGAAGAUGCGGAUAGCACUGCUCUUUUAACGACACAACUUCUUGUCGCAAUACCAUUAGGAGCUAUAUCUUUGUUAGUAUUUUGCUACCUUCGAACAAGAUGGAAUGCAAUGUUUGCUCCAAGAAGUAGGCUUCAAAAGCUUGCUCCUGACCCUCUUCCAACUACAUUUUUCGGUUGGAUAAUUCCUUUGUAUAAUAUGCCUGAAUCUCAUAUAUUAGAAAGGGUUGGAUUGGAUGCUGCAGUGCUUUUGGCAUUUUUUAAGAUGUCAUAUAAACUUUUCACGUUUUGUGCAAUCGUUGGUUUUGUUGUAGUUGGUCCUAUUAAAUUAUCUAAAUAUCUUGAUUUCUUCCCGGAUGGCAAUAAAGAUGGGAAAAAUUCCUUUGAUAAUGGUCCAAAUCCUCAACCCAUAGAUGAAACACCCGAGACAGCCGGAGAACUGGCAUCAUAUGUGAUAUUAACUUGGGUUUUUUCUCUUGCGACUUUUUAUUUUACUUUUUAUAAUUAUCUAGAGUUUUCUAAUAUACGACAUAAAUAUUAUUUAAAAUGGAAAGAUACUAUAGCUGCAAGGACUGUUAUGGUGACAGUUAUACCUAAAGAGUUACAAAACGAUCCUGCUUUGGCUGAUUUUUAUGAGUCAUUGGGAUUUGGUGCAGUUGAAAGUGCAGUAGUUUAUCGUAAUGUUCGUAAACUUAGACACGCAAUUGGAAAAAGAGCAAAGUAUUUACAAAAAUUAGAAGAGGCUUAUGUGGAUUAUUUAAAUAAUCCUUGUAAGGAUCCAAAUUAUAAACCCGAAGAAGCAUUAAAGGGAUUCGAAAAGGCUGAUGAUGCAAAAACUGCAAACGACAAUGCAGCCCAAGUCCUUUCAAAAGUUUCAGCAAAGCGACCAACAAAACUUUUGUCAUUAUUUGGUGAUAAGGUUGAUAAGGUUGAAUAUUAUACCCAAAAAUACUUUGAAUACGAUAAUUUAGUUGAAGUUGGAAGACAGGGGGCUUAUUCAACUUCAUCUAUCGGAUUUGUGACCUUCGAAAACAUAACUAGUGCACAAUUAGCUUCACAAGUUCUUAUUCAUUCAGAACCAUUUAAAUGUCGUACCGAACUUGCGCCUGAACCACGUGAUAUCUAUUGGUAUAAUAUGUCAAUCCGAACACGAGAAAUGAUUGUUAGAAAUGUGAUUGUUAACGUUCUUAUUUUCUUACUUGUAUUUUUCUGGUCUGGACCCAUUUCACUUUUUGCAUCACUGUUGAGUAUUAAGACUUUGGAGAAAUUUUUCCCAUGGUUAGCACAUUUAGCAGAAAAGAAUGAAGCCUUAAAAGAUUUUAUUCAAGGAACUUUGCCAACUUUAGCUGUAUCUUUAUUCAAUGCACUUUUACCGAAAAUCAUGAUUUUCUUAUCUAAACUUCAAGGAUUUCAUGCUCGAAGCACGAUCGAGCUUUCGACAUUUGCCAAAUACUACUUUUUCUUGUUAAUAAAUGUAUUGCUUAUUUUUUCCAUUGUCGGAUCAGUAGUUAAGAAUUUAGAAGAAAUCUCUAGAGAUCUGCCAGGAAUUGCUUAUAAAUUAGCUACAACAUUGCCUCAAGUUUCAUCAUUUUUUGUCAAUUUUGUUGUUAUACAAGGGAUUGGUUUGUUCCCAAUUCAUUUGUUGCAAUUAAAAGAAGUCGCUUAUACUUGGACUAUGCGAGUAUUUUUUUCAAAAACUCCUAGAGAUUAUGCUAAAGCAACUGCUCCACCAUUUUUGGAUUACGGAGAGGAAUUACCACCUGUUAUUUUGAUUUUUGUUAUUAUUAUAGUUUAUUCUUCUCUAACGCCAAUAAUUACUUUUUUUGGAGCCAUCUAUUUUUUUCUUGGUUAUAUGUGUUAUAAAUAUUUACUUUUAUAUGUCUACUUUCAUCCUUAUGAAACUGCUGGACUCGCAUGGCCAAAGAUUUUCCGAAGAAUUAUUAUUGGACUUUACAUUUAUCAAAUAAUGAUGAUUGGAUAUUUAUCAUUAAGAAAAUAUUAUUAUUUUGCUGCAAGCGUCUUUCCAGUUCUUGUUUGUACAUUUUUUUUCUUUUAUUAUGUUAAUGGUGCUUAUGAAAGAGCUUCAGCUUUCAUACCAAUGAAGAAAUUACGUGAAGAAUUAAACAAAGUACAAACUAAUACAUCAGAUGUUACAAUUACGCCAAAGGCUCCUGAAACUCCUGGAAGUGCAAAUGAAUUCACUAAUACAGAUGGACCACCUGCUGCUAAAAAUGAAGAUGAUAUUGAAGAAGGACAUUCUCAUCGUGAUGUAUUAGAGGAUGACUUGUAUCACGCGGAUCCAGAUUUAUACACAGAUUAUUCACAACCCCCAAUGUCUUUAUAUGAUGGUGUGCUUAACACUGGAAUGAGAAAUUAUGGACCUCCAACAUUAGUCGGAAUCCUUCCAUGGUUGUGGCUUCCCGUCAAGAGAGUUCCAUCAGAUGAAGAUGCAACGCCAGGAUUUUUUCAUCGUUUAUUGGGAAUGAACAAAACUGGAUCUAAACCAAUUACAAGUCGAUCAUCAAGAGCCUCAUUAGGUGAAACAGAAGAAGAAAGAAUUCAACGAGAUUUACAUAUUCAAGAAAUUGCAGAUUCAAAAAUCAAAUUAGCAACAAAAAGAGCAAUACGAGAUCCUAAUAAUCCAAAUAGGAUUUAUUAUCAUCAUCCCGAAAGACGUCGUUCAACUCUUGUCUCACCAAUAAGUCCUAUAACUUCUGGGGGUCCUAGUAAUAUAUUUAGUAAUAGAUCAGUUAGAAUGUCUAGUCCAGAAAGAAGUGAAAUUAUAUCAAGAGAUAUUCCUAUCGCUUCAAGUUCUACAUUAACAGAUUCAACUCCUAUAGAAAUCCCAGGUUCAGAAAAUUUACAUGCUAGACCUAAUCGGAGAUUAACAUUAACUGAUAAAUUCGGUAAACUUGCAGGAAGUAAUUUUUAA